GUCGAGGUGCACAUUUUUUUGGGGAACGCCCGGGCCGAUUUUUUCGCGCGUAUCGGAGCAGACGCCCACGCUGCGGCCCAGACGCUUGAGAAGGUCCAGAGUUCCGUGAUCUUUCAGACGCGUCUGACUUUCGAUUUUCUGUCCAGAUUUGCUCAGAGCAUCG